AUGAUUCGAUUUAGUGAAGAUGUGAUGAUUAAGCCAAGUUAUACAGCAUGGUUUUGGAUAGAAAUAGAAAACCGUCAAUUAUUACCUUUACAAAAUCAAACUCUAUAUCAAGAUGAUUGGCUUGGAUUAAAGUCUUUAGAUGAUAAUCGACGUCUAGAACUUUUAGUAUGUCCAGGGAAACAUGAAGAUCCUAAUGCAUGUCCAGAGACAGACUACAGGAUACCUAUUGAAAGAUUUGCUCAACUUAUAUCCACACAUUGGCACUUUGAUCAUUUAGAUUCAAUCAAAACAAAGACUUAUAAAAUUAUAUCCGAACAAUUUCAAAAGCACAUCUCUAUUUCUAUCAUAGAAUCUAAUUCCCAAUCACUACAACAAAAGGCAUUUAUUCAACCUUCAUCUUCCUGGGAUAUGAUGGAUUUAGAAAUUUUAUAUGCACAGAUAUUUGGUGCAAUACAGGCGCAUACAGAAGGAAGUCUACACCUUGCAUGGGAUCGUCUUGCAGACACAUUAGGUCAACCUGCAUUAGAAUCACAUAUCAAACAAAUUGUAUCCAAUUAUUGCGGAGGAUUAGAUCAUGAUGCCUUGGGUGCAUUUUGUUUAAAACAGAAUGCAACACAACUUUCAACAGACUUUUACAAUUAUAUCGAGUCUCAAUUAAUAGAAGUCUUUAGGACACUCGAUAAUAAUGUAUUGCCUCAAUUAUUAUUAGAUAUCUCCAAGGAUUUGUUAGAUGUUCUCGACUAUUUUAAUAGAUUAUUUUCUUUAAAUGAUAAUCAGCAACUUUAUUUACAAGUUACACCAUGGUCACAUAAUGAUGUAUUUGUGAAAUCUAAAUUGAUGCCUUUAUUGGAAAAAUCUACCCUUAACGACAAUCACUUGUCUGAGUUUUUUUCGAACUAUGCUUGUCUUUCAAGGACUUGA